CAAUCAAAAGGCAGUAACGGAGCAAUAAAUCGGCCGGAAGCUAAAGAAAAAAGUAAAUCAUGGAUUUCUUAAAGUGUAACUAUGAUAAACACGAGCGCGUGUGGAGUGCAGCAAAGCGACAAUUGGUUUACGAUUUCAAUUGUUCUAUGGGAAAAAUUUUAUACAGUACUCUGAAAAAUUAUCCGACGAAAAUUUGCCAGGUGUUCGAUGUCGACGGACGUGAGGUUACCAAUAGCGAAAUGCUUACCUGGUCUGUGCGCUUGGCUCAACAUUUCAAGAAAAUGGGCUUGAACCACAAUGAUGUCGUCGGUAUUGUGGCAAAGAACAGUACCUACUUGAUCUCCAUUCCCUUCGGCUGUUUAAUGAAUUGUACACCUUUUCACGCAGUGAGCCCGGCACUGGAUACAGAUACCAUCCAAUAUCUCUUUGAAACCACAGCACCAAAAAUAAUAUUUUGUGAUGGUGAGUUUUAUGAAAAAGUCAACUCUGCCACUCAUCUUUUGAAGCCAUUAAUCUGCACGCUUACAAAUCAUAUUGAUGGCGUGGCCAUGAUUGAGGAUUUUUUGCUGCCAACUCCAACAGAACGUUUCUACCAACCUGAGCCACUAGUGUUGGGCGGUGAACAGACCGCAGCGAUAAUAUGCUCAUCGGGUACCACGGGUUCUCCCAAAUGUGUAUGCAUAUCGAAUUAUACACUCCAGCUGGAUAAUAUAUAUCAGGUGACCUGCGACUCUGUUUCAUUCACCAACAGCAGCCUAGACUGGUACACCGGUGUAAUAUUCAUCGUUAUCACUACAACGUGCAGCAGUAAGCGUGUAAUCACCAAUCGGCCCUAUACACCCGAGUAUAUGGUUGAAUUGGUGAAGAAAUAUAAAAUCAAUUGCGUUGCAGUCGCACCACGCCAUGCCGCUUCUCUAGUUACCUGCUCCACAGCCACCAUACAAAGUAUGAGCUCGAUUCAUACAUUUCUCAUUGGCGGUGGUAGUGUCAGUCUUCCGACACUGCAGUGCUUACAGAGCAUACUGAAAAACUGUAUAAUUAUAUUUGGUUAUGGUCUAACCGAGACUAGUAGUAUAUCUAUGAAUUUUGGGGCCCAGUAUGCGACCUCAGUUGGUAAGCUGAUACCAGGACUGAAGGCACGCAUUGUUGAUGAGCAAGGCAUGAAUUUGCCACCAAAUAAAGUUGGAGAGAUUCAUGUCAAGACUGGACAUGCGUGGAAUGGUUAUUAUGGUAAUCCAAUCGAGUCGCAGCGCUUCCAAGACUCACUAGGUUGGUUUCAUACCGGUGAUCUGGGCUAUUUUGAUGAUAAAGAUUUGCUGUAUAUUGUUGAUCGUAAAAAGGAUGUAGUUAAAUAUCAGGGCAUGCAAUACUGGCCAGGUGAGAUAGAGCAGGUGAUAAAUGAGCUGCCUGAAGUGGAGGAUGUUUGUGUGGUAAGCAUCUAUGAUGAACGUAAUGGUGAUGCGGCCGGUGCAGUGGUGGUGAGACGCAAUGGAGCUCAGUUAACGGAGCAACAGAUCAAAGAGCAAGUCCGAAAACGCCUACCAGUGGCCUAUAAACAACUACAUGCGGGUGUAGUUUUUGUAGAUCAGCUGCCUGAGGAUUCAAAUGGUAAGACUUCGAGACGGAAAGCCAAGGCAUUAUUUAAAUCCAAGUGAAAUGCAAAAUUAUCUGAAUAUGUUGUGCAAGUUAAGAGAACUUCUGGCAUUAUUGGUAAAUACAUGUGAAUAGUAAAAACAAAAGCAUUGUGAAGAGAAAAAUGAAAGUAAAUAACACAUAAAUUAAAUUGCUUGACUUGAUCGGUACCGAUCAGAUUUGUCAAGCGCUGCCAAAACAAACUGGGCAAUAAAAAGGCUUGGGAAGGGUUUGCUAAAAACUUUAAUCGUGAAAAACCUAUAACAACAGAAGCAUAGAUACUCUUACCGAUAGCCAGGUAGCAAUCAAGGCUC